AUGAAUCGAUUGGUCAUUGUUGGCCAUCCUCCUCCUCCUCCUCCUAUUAUUCCAUCUCCUUCAUCAUCCACUUCCACAUCCCCACCAAUUUCAUCGUUGUCUUCAUCUUCUAUGACUGGUGUUUGUAAAAGUAUUUCUCCAUCAUUUGGGAAAAAUGGUUCCCUUGUUUGUUCCUCAUCGUAUGUAUUAACUUCGGAAAUGUCCUCCAAUGACGAGAGAUCUCCAGAUUGUUACCACGAUGAUGAAGAUGAAGAAUUUGAAGAUACUGAUGACUGGGAAGAUGACAGUACUGGAAGAAAAGCCCAUCGACCAAACAACAACAACAAGUCACAGUUUCCAAUUUCUCCGGACCGAGGCAAAAACAAAUUUGUCUGUAAACACAUUGGUUGUACCUACUCUUACAGCCAUUCUAGUGGACGUUCCAACCAUUACACAAGUUAUCACGGAAAAGAAUGUGACCAAGCAUGCCAACAAUGUGAUCUCGUUAGAAGAAGAUCUGCCACAAGAAAGGUUCAUUGCAGACAUGAUGGUCCAUGCAACAAGCAAUUGUCAACCUCUAAUAGGGCAAGCCAUGAAAAGAAUAGAAAUAUGCAUACUGAAUGCAGUCCAAAUUGUGAAAUUUGUCUUCGAUUAGAUUACAAAGCAAAUGACUAUUAUUAUUAUCAUAAUAUUAGUGAUAGAAUUACAAACAAAAAGACUAAUAAUAAUAAUCAAAAUAAUAAUGAUGAAAAUAAUUUAAAGAAAAGAAAAAUAGAAGAUAUUACUUCACCAUUAUCAAUGAUACCCACUUUAAACAACAUCAACAACAAUAAUAAUAAUAAUAAUGGUAUGGUUAAAAAGGAUUCUUUAAUUUUCAACACUAAAAAGCAAACAUUAAAUCAACUAGAAUUAGCUCAAUUAGAACACCAACAAAAGAGAUUAUCACAAUAUCAACCAAUACUUCCAAAGAAUCUUCUGGGGAUCAAGAAUUCCGAAGAAGUCUCAUCGCCAUCUGAUUCCCCAUGCCUACAAAGUCUUUGUGCUUUAAAGUAUGCUGGUUUCCCAAAUACCAUUGUCACCACUAAAAGUAAUAUGGAUAACAAAAGUAAAAAUAAUAAUAAUAGUAACAAUAAUAAUAAUAAUAAUAAUAAUAAUAAUAAUAAUAAUAAUAAUAAUAAUAAUAAUAAUAAUAAUAAUAAUAUUCCACCAUUAAAUUUAAACGCAACAACAUCUACUACACCCAGUCAAGAAAAUGGAUUGGAUGAAGAGUCUGAUGAUACAACAAAUAGUAGCGAUAUUGAAUCCUAUACCAUCUAUCAUCAAAUCAACAAUAAUAAUAAUACUAACAAGAUUAAUAAUAAUCAAAAUCACACCAAUAAUACUCAUAAUAAUAAUAAUAAUAUCAAAUGUUCAAGCAUCAAUAGUCUUAUUAAUAUUGACAAUAGUAAUAUUUUUCCAGACACCAAUUCCAUUCAGGAUGGUGAUUCCCUUUUCAACUCUUUCUCAAUUGUCAAGAGAAAGAGAUAA